CGGAAAUAAUGCCUUAAGUCCAGCAGUAUUCAUCUACUAACUGAAAUGAACCUAGUAUUAUCUAACGAAUAUCAUUUAGAAACAUCAAAUAUCUUAUCAGAACAUAAGGUAAGGUAAUCAGUUAGCAUCAAACACGAGGUUUCCCCUCGAAUUCUAACUGUGAUUUGAUAACUAAACCAUAGUCAGUGCUCUAUAGCUCAGAGAGGGCUGAAUCAGCCAAAUGAACUUUAAAUUUUUCCUCCUCCCAUCUCUCACUCACUCUCACUCACUAAAUUUUUUCCCUCUGCAUUGUUUUGAGAUAGGCCCAUAGCCUGGUGAUAUAUAAAUACAGUAAAAGUAACUAAUCUAUAAUUUUGGAUGAAAUUUGAUAAGAGUCAGAUAAUAAUAUUACUAUUUCUGAUUAUUAUACUUCAUUUCUUAUUCUUGUCAAUAGUUUUAUCUUGUUAGGAUUCACAUUAUAAAUGUUAUACUAGAGAAAACCCCCCUAAGUAUGUCUGACUCCACCCCCUCCAAAUUCCCAUUUUUUUUAAGUGCAAAAGCGCAAAAUAUGCUCAAAUCAUUAUAUAUCCCAAAGUGGACCAUAUUAAUUUCAAACUUCGCUAUAGUUAUAUAUGAUAUCAUAUUCAAUGUGUUGGACUUGACAUUGUGUCUUUAUUACACCCAUACCAAAGCAUCUCAAACUGUACCAUAUUCAUUAGGAUCAUUGAUAAUAGGUGUUGUUAUAUUAAUACACUUUUUAGCUGAAAGACUUAGUGUUGGAGAUACAGUCCUUUCUAGAUCCAAACAAUGGAAAAAGUAUAUGGAAUUAACUAAAUAUUCGAAGUUUGGGUCAUGGAUUUUCUUUUUCUUAAUCACAGUUUUAAAAGUUCAAGCUUUGUCUUCAGGCAAAGUUCAAGAAACAUUAUCUGAUGAUAGCAGUACAUUCCCAUUCUCAGCAAAUUUAGCAUAUAUUAUCCUUAACUGUAUUUCAGUAGCAUUCGAUUCUAUCUUAUUAUCAGUCUGGUGGGAAAAAAGCUUGAAAUCAAUUUAUAUACUUUUUAGAGGUUGUCAAAUGAUUCAAAUUUUAUUCUCUAUAGCCAUUAUUCAAGCAAAUAUUAAUGUCAUAAACACAGAUAAUAUAAUAGUUAUGAAAAGAGUCCAUAAUUUAUUUAUUUGUACUGCUACUUUCUUUAUAACUCAAUCCGGAAAUGGCUUAGGUAUAAGUUUCAUCGUUAACAAAGGGAAUCGAUUAAAUGAUAUCACUGGAAAAUUUUUAGCAUUUUUUAAUUUAUUUGCCAGUUGUUUAUUAUUAGUGGUGAUUGCAUGUUUUAUCAUGAGUAUUUAUUAUUUCAAUACUUCGGAAAAUAAUGAAGGAGAUAUUUCCAUCAGUGUUCCUAUUUUAUUUGGAUGUAAUAUAUUCUUUGAUUUCGUUUCAAUUUAUUGUACUCGACAUAUCAGGGCUAAGAAACCAUUAAUUGAUUUAUUAGUCGAAGAAUAUGAUUUACUGGCAUUAACCAAUCAACAAAAGGCAGGAUGGUCAAAAUUAAUUAAUCUUAAUAGUAGAUAUAAUGGAGGUAUAAGUGGUGAUAGAAUGAUUUCAUUAAUGGAAAAUUAUGCUGAAAAUAAGACUUUAUCAGGAGUUAAAUUUAAAGUUUUGAGAGUGUACAAGAAGGCACCAUCUCCAUUGAAGAAUCAAAAACAGAAUAAUAAUAAUAAGGAUAAAGAUUUAGAGAAAAUGGACCCAAAAGAGAAUAAAAUAACAAAACUAACAUCUAGUGUAAGCUCUUCAGAUCAAAGCAGUGACAAUGAUGAUUCAACUGCUUGGGAUCCAUUUGAUAAAGAAUCAUUAGUAUUUUCAAGUGAAAAUUCUAGAAACAUGACAUCCGAUCAAACCCUUGAUGAAUUCAAACCAUUAUCUAAAAAUCAAUUAAAAAAAUUAGCUAAAAAGAAAUCCAAACAACAAUCAAUGGAAGAAUUAGAAACAAUUCAAAGAAAUCUGGAAAAAUUCUAUGAUGAAUUAAGAUGUACAGAAGCAUUAGUAUUAUUAACGAUUAUUGAUUCAUUUGAUUUAACUGAACGUAUACCCGGAAAAUUUGGUAAGAAAUUAUCCCAAUGGUUUGGUAAAGAUUCAAAGCUUCCAUUAUUAUGCAUUAAAUUUGGAUUAGUAGGAUUUCAUUGGCCAUUUAAGAGAUCAACGGUAUACUGCAGUUCAACCAAAAAACCAGUAGCACGUAGUGCCGCUAUCAUGUAUGCCAUGGCGAAAUGGAAUAAAUCAAAUGAAAAAUGUACCGUUUUAUUAGAUCCAACUUAUAAGGAUGAUUUUGCUGAACCUGGAAUUAGAUUAGGCGGAUGGUAUAAAGUGAUAUUACCUAAUUCCCAUGUGAUUGAUUUAAGACCAUUUAUGAAUAAAACCAUUGAUCAAUAUUAUAAGGCUGUUAAGUAUAGAAAUCAUGAUAAUGUCUUUUUACAAGAAAAUGGUCAAGUUAUUGAAACCUUUGAUUUUAAUGAAGAAAAUUGUUCUAAUAUUAUCAAAUUAACCGAAUUAAUCUCUGAUUCAAGACAAAAUUCUGGCCGUUCAGAUACUUUAUUAAAACCUACUACUGAAUUCAUAUCUCAUUUUGGUAAUUUUGCUAAUGAAAAUAACUUCCGUUCAUUAGUAUUCUUAAAAGUGAAUGAUGAAUUGGUAGCAUCAUGUGUGAUAUUUAGAUUAGGUGAUACUAUAACAUCAGAUAUUCAAGGGUUAAACCAUGAAAUAAGUAAGAAAUAUAGAGCUUACUUUGUAAUGAUGCAAGAAGUCAUUAAAAUAGCUCUCAGGGAGAAAGUAUCAUUCGUUGAUUUUGGACCCACCACAGAAAAUGCUAAAGUUGAUAUUGGUUGUAAAGUCGUACCUUUAGUUGGAUCUUUAUCAGCCAGAAACCCAUUAUUAUCACCUCUCUUACAAUUUGCUGCUUCCAAAGUAAAUGUAUAGCUUAGUUUAGUUUAUAGUAGUAUGUUGCAAAUAGAACGUCAUGGAAUAAUCAAAAUAAUUCACCAUUUUACACGACUGGUUUACAGUCUGGGGCAAAC